AUGGAGUUCGCCCACGCCGACGAGACGUUCUUCGUCGAGUCCGACGACCAGCCGCGCCAGCUGCGCCUCGACACCCGAACGGCAGCCAAAAUGAUUGCCCGCCAAAGGCAGGACGUCAUCGCCGGCGAGCUGUCACGCCUGGCCGCCGACGAGUACCUCGAGGACAUACUGAAGCACAUGCAGACGAUGGAGGCAUGUCCCCCUCCCCCUUCCCCCGGCCGGCCAGCCGCCCGCCUCCGUUGCCGCCGGGAGAUCCAGUGGUACAUGCGUCCGUACCUCAUCGACUUCCUCGUCGAGGCUCACGCCGCCUUUGUCCUCCUCCCCGAAACGCUCUUCCUCACCGUCAACCUCCUCGACCGGUACUGUUCCCGGAGGGUCGUCUACAAGCAUCACUACCAGCUCGUCGGCUGCGCCGCCUUGCUGAUCGCCGCCAAGUACGGCGACAAGAAGGAUCGGGUCCCGCAAAUAUCGGAGCUGAGCAACAUGUGCUGCGGCCUCUACGAUGCCGGCAUGUUCACCCAGAUGGAGAUGCACGUCCUCAACACGCUCGACUGGGCCAUCGGCCACCCGACGGUCGAUUUCUACUCGCAGCUGCUCGUGGCGUACGAGCACGACAACAAGGAGGUGAACUGCAUGGCCUCGUACCUGUGCGAGAUUGCCCUCUACCACCGCGACUUCGUGUCCGUCAAGCCGUCGACGAUGGCCCGCGCCUCCCUCGCCGUCGCUCGGGCCAUCCUGGGCCGACCCGAGGUGGCCGACCGGGAGCUGGAUCUGGAGGAGAGCGGCGUCGCCGAGCUCAUGUCGCACCACCUGGAGCAGCCUUCGCCCACGCUGGCCCGCAAGUAUUCGUCGCCGAGCACCUACCGAGUCUCCCACAGGCUGGCCGACUUCGUCGCCACGCGAGCAGCCGCCAUCGCCGAGGCGCAGCGCAACGCCAACCCCCCGUCGCCGCCCGCCGACGUCCUGGACAAGCAGGGUGACAUCUACAGCACCCCCCAGAAGGGCCACGUCGCCACCAACGUCUACGAAGGGUACCUCACCCCUCCCAUCACGCCCGACGGCGUCCACUUUGGCGGCGGCAACCUGCCCAAGGACUCGUACCCCUUGCCCCCCCGGUGUCCGAUGACGCCGACGCCGCAGCACAACGUCGCCGGCUACGCCCAGCACGCUCGCCAUGUGGCAUUGGCGAACCAGCAGGGACUUCACCAACACUAG